AUGCAGCAACUGGCAGACUCGGGUGACACCAGAGGCUUUUUCAGUGCAACUAAGGUUGUCUAUGGUCCAAGCAAUCAUAGCUUAAACCCCCUGUGCUCGAAGAACAGGCAGGAGCUGCUGAAGGACAAUGAGUCCAUUAACACUCGAUGGAAGGAACGCUUCCAGGAACUCCUCAACCAGGUUCAAGAUGCCAUCAGGAGUAUUAAGAACAACAAGGCUGCCGGUCCAGAUGAGAUCCCAGCAGAGAUCUUAAAGGAAGGUGGACCAGAGCUCCUGUACCGCAUCCACGCCGUCUUCCUCAAGAUCUGGGAAAAAGAACUUCCCUCAGAGCUCAGAGAUGCUAAUAGUGGCCAUACUCAAGAAAGGGAACAAGGUGGAAUGCAGGGCCAGUCCAUGUACCCUAGUGCCGCAGGGGGGUUCAGACCCUCUCACCCUGCCGCUCUUACCGUGAAUGCGUCAAUGUCGAGCUUGCUGUCCAGCAGUUUCUCUCCCCACUUGGUGCCUGCCUCCCGGUCGUCAAUUCCCCACCCUGCCAUUGUCUCCACCGCAAUCAAGCAGGAGCCCAGAGACAGCAGCCAGCAUGGAAACACUGUGCCCCGAGCCCAGAAAGAGGAGGCGGAGGAGAAGAAACCUCACAUUAAGAAGCCGUUGAAUGCAUUCAUGUUAUACAUGAAGGAACAGAGGGCCAACGUUGUAUCCGAGUGCACACUUAAAGAGAGCGCUGCCAUCAACCAAAUACUAGGACGGAGGUGGCACUCUCUGUCUGCUGAGGAGCAAGCCAAGUACUAUGAGCUGGCUCGCCAGGAGAGACAGCUCCACUCCCAGCUCUACCCAGGCUGGUCCGCCAGGGACAACUACGGAAAAAGGAAGAAGAGAAAAAGGGAUAACGUGAGGAAUGGCUCUAGGUCAGAAGUGCCGGUAGAGCGUGUCGCACCACAGCCCAAGAAGUCGUGUCUGCCAUCCAGAACUCAGGCGAAGCCUCACACACAUAUUUACCAGACACACACACACUUGUCCCAGGCCAGCCCUGCCUCUUCGCUGGACUCUCCAGCAACCCCAACCACAGCACUGGCUUUUCCUGCUGCACCUGCCCCUACCCACACUGUGCACAGACUCUCCCCCAGCCCCCGUGAGCCCGCCGUAACGUACACGGAGCAGGUCCAGCCCCUGUCGCUCACUACUAAGCCUCAUAGGCCAAACAAGGACACUCCCCCUCGGGCUCAGUCCCUUAGCCACUCUCACUCUUUUGCCCGCAACACCAAAGCUUCAGGACCCCCCACACCCUCUCAGUCCUCCUCUCAUCCGCCCUUCCCUCCCCGCAUGAGUUCAUCUAGUAGCAAAACCCCUCCCCUCCUCUCUGGUCCUUUCCCGUUACCUCCUGUGUUGGCCCCAGCUACCUCCAUUCGCCAAUCAGUGCUGAGCUCACAAUGUGCCUUAACCCAAUCACAGCCACUCUCACUAGUCACGAGAACCAACCCCCUGAGGCAGCACAAGGCCUGAGGUUGUAACUACAGUUCUAGGGCUAGAGUACUUCUCCUGUACUCUGGCCUAACCUAUGAGAGAUGAAGUAACUCAGUAGAACUUGAAAUAACGGAAUCUUGCCCCAAACCAGUUGGUGAUGAUCGAAGGGUUGAACUACUACAUUCUUCUUUAUACCUCUUUUUAAGGCUGUAAAUGAGCUUUUUUUUUUUUUUUUAAGAAACAAACAAGAAUCCCUUUUAUAUAAAUCUUAGGCCACAGUUUAUAUUAGCAUUAAAAAAAAGGAAAAGUUGGUCCAAUAUAUGACUACGUCCUAACUUUCUUCACAAACCCACGUUUUUUGGCGAGCCUCUAUUUUCCAUAAGGUCACCUUUUCUCGUAUCAUUUCUUGAAAGAUGAACCUACGAAUGACAAUUAAGGACUAGAUCUGCUUUUUUUGUUGAAAAAGGAGAACAAGACUAGCUUGAGGAUUUCGUCAAUGUGCUUUUUGUAGGCAGUAAUAAAUGUAUAUUUGUUUUCAUUCAUUUUCUAAAUCUUACCGACAAUGUUGAUAGAUAUUCAUUGUUUUCUGAAACAUUAUGUGUUUUGGGGAGUAGGGGGGGGGGUCUUUUGUUAAAUGUGUUUACCUGGCAGCAUUGGUACAUACAUUUCUUCCUUACUUGCUCUCUCUCUCUCUCCCUAG